AUGUCUUAUACGAAGGAACAAGAGACUGUGGUUUUGCGAGUACUUUCAUACAAGAGUCACCAAUUUUACGAGAUUUUAGAGGUGAAGAGGACAGCGACUGAGCCCGAAAUUAAAAAAUCAUAUAGAAAAUUAGCGAUAAAAUGCCAUCCUGACAAGAAUCCACACCCGAGAUCUUCUGAAGCGUUCAAGGUGCUUAACAAGGCAUGGGAAGUGUUGAGUGACCCACAGAAGAAAAAUAUAUUUGACCAAACUGGUACAGAUCCAACAUCGAGGUUUGCUGGUGGUGCCGCUACUGGUGGUGGUGGUGGUGGUGGUGCUGGCGCUUCGCCAUUUGGAGGAAGAACCGGGUUUGCAGGUCCAUCCGGUGCCAUGCCUUUUGAAAAUGAUUUGUUCAAUUUGUUUUUCGGUGGAGGUGGAGGUGGCGGGCCUAGUCCAUUUGCCGCGGGACCAACUUUCACAUUUGGCAAUAACGGGUUUACAUUUCAAUCGUUUGGUGGAGGUCAAGACCCAUUUAUGAGACAUAGGAGGACAGCAAGGAGGACAGCUAGGCCUGCAUCACAAUCGAAUACCCAAACACAAAACGCAAAUCGGGAAUCACAAACACUACUUGAGGGGUUAAAGGGGCUUUUACCAAUUUUGUUAGUUUUACUCGUUCCCAUACUAUCGGCAAUUUUCUCAGACAAUACAGCACCAGAUUACUCAUUUAUCCCCACACGGGAGUACAAAGUUGAGAGGAGAACCCCCAAAUACAAAAUACCAUUUUAUGUAAACGACGGGUUUGCUAAAAAGAAUGAAAAGAAAACGAGGAAACAAUUGAGGAAUUAUGAUUCAAAAGUGGAAAACUUAUUUAUACACGAUAAGAGAGCAAAAUGUGCACGAGAACAAACCCGUAGAGACCAAAUGAUCGAGGAUGCGCAAGGAUGGUUUUACACAGAUAUGGAAAUGAUUAACGAGGCUGAGAAUAUGCCUAUGCCAAAUUGCGAUGUUCUUAGAAGUUUGAAUCUAUUGUAA